CUCAAGCCACCGGUGGCUUUCAUUAGAUGAACUUUUUAGCGUAGAAGCCUUUUCACAAGAGGGGAGCAGAGAGUAUAUGACCAGAAAAGCUUUCUACCACUUGUAAACAGAAACAGGUUCCCAGGGUAAAUCUGAAGGCUCGGCCUCCUUGCAAGACUCAGCAUCCUGGCAGGGCCAGGGGAAUGUUACAAUGCAGAGUCCCUCGGCAAGCCUGAUUGGGUCUUCCUAUGGAAGCACACCUGUGUUUACAAAGGGUCUACAAAACAUAAGAGCUACAAAGGGUCAAUUAGUGGUAUUUGAAUGUCGCAUUCAUGCUACACCCACCUUACACGUUCACUGGUACAGAGAAUAUGAUCAGAUAACAGAUUCUGCGGAUUUCCGAAUACUACGCAAAAAGGCUUGUUCAUCAUCAGUUCCUGAGGAAGUCUGCACCCUGGUCAUUACAGAAGCUUUUCCCGAGGACUCUGGAAUAUUUAAAUGUGUUGCUGAAAAUGAAUUUGGAUCUGUAGCAUCCAGUGCACGUCUCUCUGUUUGCCCAGGAGCAAAGGAGCUGGAAAGCUUUGCAGGUGCUGCCCGCUUGCCAGCUGUGCAAGUCACCAUGAAGAAACCCACCUUCGCGAGGAACAGCCAAGCUGCAGCCAAGGACCGCGACGCGCCCAGCCUGCCAUCCUACAGCACAGACACCCCGGGGCUGGGGAAUCGAGCGGAAUCCACAAACUUUGGCCAGAUGAAUUCAAAGACUGAAGCUGAAGAUUUUCAUGGCAUUUAUGAGAAUUCACCUCAAGCUUCUCCUCUGCGGUAA